AUGACGGAAAUCGAGAUGGAUAUUGACAUGGCAAAACCUGGCGGCCUGGGGGGCCAUGUGGACGACGACAUUAUCGACUUCGACACGGAUAUGCUUGACCAGCACGACCAAGAACCCGAGAAUCAUGAUGUCAACACGGAAGCUAUGGACCGGGACAUGCAGGAGGGUAUCGAUACCGCGAACCACGACGCCUACCAAACAAACGGAUACAUGAGUGAAGACGUCGACUUCGAUCUGCACGACGUCGAGGAGACGGCACAUGAUUUGGAACAAGAUGUGGGCGAGACGACGGUGCCCCAGAAGCAAGGAUCAGAAAACCAGGCGGCGACACCCGCCGGAAGCGCGCAAGAAGUUGUUGAUCGCGUCGAGAUAUCGGACGAGGCAGGCAACCAGAACCAAGACGUCCAAGAUGACCACGCAUCUGCACACGAGAUUGACUAUGAGGUCGAAGAUCAUGCGGAGCAACAGGAGCCGCAAGAAGAGUUGCACCAAGAGUCGCUUAAUGAGUCCCCAAAAGAGCCGCACGAGGGUGUGAAUGCAUAUCGCGGGGAAGCUUCUGACACAGAUGCCGCCGCUGUCGACGCUGUAGAUGAUGCCCACCACCCUGAAGAUGUUACUGAGGUACAUGAGCAAGAGGCUCAGACUGAACCUGCAGAUCAGGCAAGAGGUCAAGAAUCUACCCAGAAUGACGACGAGAAACACGAGCAAGAAACAGCUCCCGAAAACCACGAGGCAGUCGCUCUCGGUAGUGCCGAAGCUGCGGCUGCUGACAACCUUGAGGAAGCUGACUAUGAAGAUGGAGGCCAAUACGAUGACGAGCACUCAGCCGACCAUGGAGAGGUCGCAACGCAUGAAGCUGAGGUGGAUCAUGACGACGCUGAACAUGCCGAAGAUGUUGAACAUAUCACCUAUGAUGAAGCUGAAGUUGAUGUGGAUGAGCACCCCGAAGGUGAAACAGCUGAUCUUGAGCAUGAUAAUGAUUCGACCACUGGAGACGACUCGGCUGCAAAGCCAGAAACCGAAUUUCCUGCUAUCACGGUACAGUACAAAGGAGACGAAUUCCCCCUAUUCUCGGCUACCUCGGACGGUUUUUUCACCGACACAUCCAUUCUUGACGAAACACUUGAGAAACUUUUGGCUGGACUCCGAAGUGAACUGGAAAAUGAGAUUGCCGAGGAAGAUGAGUUGGUAUUUCAGGUCGAUGAGCUUGGCCUUGAACUUGCUGAGUCAACCCAGGGUGAACUCAUGACAAAUGUGACGUUCCGCCAGAUUGUCGAGAUCUUUGAUCUCCUGGUCAAGAAUCAGGAUCCGGACGGGUCAAAAACGCUGUAUACCUACCUGUUCACCAAGCCCAACACAGAGAAGCGACUUGAGUCUCUGAUUGAAAGUGCCACCGCGGGUAAAGGCCUCGACGAGGUUAUCCAUCUCUUCGAGUCGCCCAUGCCAGCUGCUUCCACCCUCAUGGAAGGUGACAUUGCAGUCGAUGGCCUCCAUGAGGAAUUGGAUGCCUUCGAUAGCCCAGAGGAUGAGGGGCAACCAGACGAGGCGGAAACCGCAGAACAUGACGAAGAGAACUCGAGGGAAGCUGGCCUGGAUACUAAUGUCGAGGUAUCAACUACACACGGCGACGCAGAAGACGAGCAUGACGAUGGCAAUGUUACUACCGAGUCCACCACCGAAAAUCCCGCCAAUGCUGGGACUUAUGACGAAACAGUCACAGAAACCAGUCAUCAUCCUGAUGCGGUUGCGGAGGAUGAGAACUCGGAGCGAAACGGUAAAACGACCUCACCCUCUGCCAGUUCCCUUAUCUGUUAUUACCCUGGUUUCUGUCUUUGCGCCCCCUGUGUUGCCGAGUUUGUUGAAGAUCACGAGCGUGAAGAGGCGGAAUACCGCCUGAGUCUAGGACUCCAACAAAAGGCCAAGCACAGCUUGACAAGAUUUGAGAGGUCAUUUCUCGAUCACGACCGCAAGAAGCAUACCCAUUCGCAGUCAGAUUUUAGCAUGACUUUUUCAUAUCAAGACACUGACGAAUUCUUUCCAGCACCCGUUGACAGUGAAGCCGACCCAUUCGCGGACUUGGAGCUGGAUGUUGGCGCCGAGGAUGAUGAUGAGGUGGAUCUAGGAGAUGAUGCAGUACCCGAGGAGCAGGUUGCUGUUGAGUUGGAGACUGCUCAUGCCAGAACCAACGACACAAGCACUACAGCGACCCUCAAGGAUGAAGAUGAGACAGGCUCUAUCAACGUCGACCUCAGCGCGGAUGCGACUGAAGAAGGGACAGCCGAGAAGACUGGACCCAACGAAGAGAACGACCUGGACGAAAUUGACUGGAGAGACGAACCUGAGGUAGAUGACGAAGGACCCAGCACUCCGUCUGCCGCUGGUAAGCGAGCACGAGGAGAUGAUGACGAGGUUGAUGCGGAAGAUGAACAAGACGUCAAGCGUCGUCGACCUUAA